AUGAAAUCAAAAAUUGAUUAACCUAAUUAAUUUUUUGAUAUUUUUAGGCUUUCAAAUGCAAAUUAUGAUAGUCCUAUGAAUUUAAAAGAAUUGAAUGACUCUAUAGAAAUACAAUUAAAUACUGAAGAAAAGAAGACUGAAAUAGAAAUAGUGAAAUACCUUAAAUAAUUAGGUAUUUAAACAAAAACAGAUCCUUUAUUUAAAGAAUAAGAAUAUUGGAGAACAAAAAGAUUAGAAACUUAGAAAAAGAUGCUAUCAAUUUUAUGUUUAACUGAGUCAACCUAAACUCUAACAUUAAACGGAUAUGCAUCUAAGUUACUUCAUCAAAGAGUAUCCUAAUCUUUUUUAGAAUCAUAAUUGAUCAAUAAUACUUCUACUAUGGUAAUAGAAUGA